GAAUGACAGCCAAGCAAGAAAGUCUUUGACAGUUUGAAAGUUGGUUCCUAGCAACUCUGGAUUCUGUUUCCGUGUAAAAUUCUAAAAGGAUUUUCCUUGAUUCUCGCAAAUGGCACACGUCCAAUAUGUUGACGGUUUGGUCCGUGAGUACAUGUUAUUUCGCGGCUUCACCAAUGCCCUCAAAGUCUUCGACAACGAACUGAAAAACGACAGAGACAAAGGAUUUCGUGCGGAUAAGAUUAUCGAUCAGAUCACAUCCUCGAUUGCGACGCAGGAUUUGCAGGCUCUCCGGGAUAUUUGGACCAAUUUAGAUGGCCACCUGUUUAAUAAGUUGGAACAUUCUUUGACUUCUGCCGUGCGGAAACUCGAGCAUGGAGUUCUCAAACUUUAUCUGGUGACUGCACACUCCGCUGGGAAAACAGAUAAAAUCACAGAAUUUUUUAUGAAACUAUCUGCCGAGCUGCAGUCGCAACCUGAGUGGAAGGAGUGGUUCUAUUUCCCAUUCUGCAAAAACCCCGAAGAGCACCCCAGCUUCGUUAUAUACUUCACGAAACAUUGGCAGGACACCCUUUUGCUGUCCCUGCACAACUUCCUGGCAACGAUUUUCCAAUGCAUUCCUCAGCCAACGUUAUCGCGGAUCGACACUGAAAUAAACUUAAUCAAAAAGCUUCAAGACGAAAAUACAGCCUUACGCAAUCGCAUUCAAAAUAUGGCCGCUACCCCGAAUCCACCAACAGCAUCUACUUCAGGAGCUACCCUCGCCCCGAGUGGAAGCUCAAGCAACGUUGCGGCUGCCGUAGGUGCAAGCGAACCUCAUCGCCGCAGUCGAGCGGGAAAAGUUCAUUCCGGCAACUAUCAAAGCUUGAAUGAUAUCAUUCCUUUCGAUAUUCCGCCACCAUCUCAUAUUGUCGACGACUUUUACAUUAUCGCUGCCGAAACGGCGAAUAUCAGCCAAAUGACCGAUUCUCAGUCGCGAGGGCUUCGGUCGUUGAUUAGGAAUAUUAGCUCAGGCAGCAGCCCGGUGAUGGGCCGGAAGGAAUCGGCGGAUCGGAGCAAACGAAGAUCAGGAAGCGUUGGUAGAAACUGGGUUUGAAAAGAUUAUGUUUUUUUUAAAUUGGAACCCAACUACCUGAUGGGCAGCUCGGUUAGACUGAAGCGCCCACUUCUCCACAUGAAUCUCAAAUAAAUCCCCUCUUGCAUUUUAAUUAGAGCUUACUCUACCCAUCACCCAUUGGCCGUUAUAUUUACCAAGCAAUUAAUCACUCCCAUCUUUUACAUUUUAAUAAACGAAUAUU